AUGGGUUGCGGGGCCUCUGCUGCGAGGGUGCCUUCUGUUUCGGCCUUAGACCCAGGCGAACUACGCGACCAAUCGCUGCCGAACAGUGUCAUCCUGCAAGAGGGCGUUGCAAAGGCAGGCCAAAGGGACCCGGAAGCGCACAAAAGGAAGAUUUCAAAAGAGGAAGGCGGAAACCAAAAAGGGAGGCAAUCCGCCGGACCCGAGUUGAGCCAAAGCGAAGAACAACAGGCACCAGUAGCCAACCCAACAUUUGAGCCGUCCACAGCAACAUAUCCGAAGAAACCAACCCAGGAACAAUCGGCUCCGGAACCUGUCCAGGAGCCGCCUGAGCUGUUCGGAUCUUCCAGCAGCGGAAAGGUUGCAGAUCUACUGCAGGAUCCAAUCCCGGCGCCAUUAUCCCAGCGGCAGGACGCAGACUGCAAAACACAGGAUCCGGAAGUCAAUCUCCCUCAGUGCCGCGAUCUAGGAUUUGAAUCUCCUGAAGGUCAGGAUCCGGAUUCGCUUCAGCAGCAGCUUGAACCUCUUCAGGAUCUGCAGCUGGGCUCUACCGGCGCUGGCGAGGACGUUCCCAACGACGCAGCAGUUGCCGGUGCACCAGCACAGGCUUUAGUAGCAGCGCCAGCCACAGUCGAGGACGACACUCGGGUAGCAGAUAGCUGGGCAUCGUCACCAGCUCCUCCAUCCUCGCCCCAAUCAGUUCCAAACACAGCACCACAAACACCACCAGCAACAACAGCAACAACCGAACACCCCGGAGAGGAGCAGCGCAAGGAAGGUGAAUCCGGCGACCAAUACCCUGACAACCAAACGCUGAAAAACGACGAACUUCCAGUGGACGGCGAACCACCUGUCAACGACCAACUUCCUGAUAGCAACCAACCACCCGGAAGCACCAUGGGAAAUCCCGAACCGGGCGCCAAGGCCGGUAUCCCCGCUAGGGCCAUCGCAAGUUAUCCAUCCGCCUCCUCCUCCUCAGCAGCAGGAUCUUCCUCCAGCAGGACGGCACCCUCAUCCACCGGUGUGUCCAAAACACCCCCGUCGUUCUCCGUGUCUCCCCAGAAGAAAACACCAGACGUUUCCAAGCAGUCACCGUCGGCAUCAAAGCUGUCCGCCAAGGGCGGCGGAGGGCAGCAGGCCGCACCUGUUUCAUUGACGUCACAAUCAUCAUCACGACAACAACCAGCAGCAGCGCGUGGUGUCAAGCCGGCGGCCGCCGCCACAUCCCAGGCUGCUGUUAGACAGCAGCAUCAACCGCAACAACAGAUGCAACUGAAACUACCACCGACAACACAGCAGCAGCAGCAGACACAGCAGCAACAGACACAGCAGACACAGCAGCAGCAACUCCAGCAGCAGCAGCAGCAGCAGAAGCCUCCCCAACAACCCCGUAUGGUCGACUGCGCCGUCUCGUUGCAAUUCCUUAUCGAGUUCUGCGCCGGUGUCCCCGAGGACAUGCCCACUUGGAAGGUGGUGACGGAUAUAAUUGUCCCCAGAACUCGAGAGCGGCAGUGUCGCUACGUGGAGGUCAUUGAGCCACGUUACGUGGGGCCCUGUGACUACUUCAUCAGCCACAGGUGGGCUACACCGUUUAGUCAUCUUGUACGGUAUGUACGGAAGCACUUGGUGGAGUUAGGUGACGUGGUGGAGAGCGACUGCAGCGGCGACAGUAGCUCAGCGGCGGCGCCGCCGCCAGGUGUCGUACUCACCAAGGCCAAAUCAAAGGGGAGGAAUGCCCCAGGGGCUGGCGGUGGCGCUGCCGCCGGUGCCGGCGAUGGCGACGAGGACGAGGAAGCAACACCCAAGCGAAGUGCCGAUAAGGUGUUUGUCUGGUGCGACAUCUUUGCCAUCAACCAGCACCCCGGCCAGGUCCAGGCGGAUGACCUGGCGCAACUCAAGGACUGCGUGGAGGCGUCCCACCAGACGUUGCUCUGCCUGGACGACAAGGGUCUGGUCCUCACUCGCAUUUGGUGCUUGUACGAGAUCUGGAACACAAUUUUGGCAGGCGGCCCGCCUAAGCUUGCCGUACUCGGGUACGACGUCAACCAGGACGCCUUUAAGGAGGUGUACAUCACUCUAGACGUGGCUGAGGCUCAGGCAACCGUUGAUGCGGACAGAGUGCGUAUCCUGGCGGACAUUGCCGCAUCCACCGGUCUUGAGCAUCUCAACCAGGUGCUCAAGAGGUCGCUGGUGGAGAGUACGGAGGCGGAGGCGGAGAACGCGCUCAAGGCCCUCAACAAGCACCUGCAGAUGCUGACAGCGCUGGGCCGCCAUCAAGAGGCUCAGCGGUACGGCUAUAUAUUGCAGACGGUCAACAACACGUUUCAAAGGGCGCAGGCGGCCUCGACAGCCGCACAGGAGGCCAGGAGGACAGCCGCCCGCGGGCGGUCGUCUUCCGAGGGAACGGCGCCUCCGUCUAGCACUGCGGCUACUGCCCCUGCUGAUGCGGGGAGUAGGGGCUCAGCGGAGCCGCUACCGGUGUGGCAUUGGUCACACCGCCCUCGAGAAGCCUCACUUCGACAGGUGAUAAACAAGGCGGCGUCAGCAGAGCGCCACGGCCACUACGAUACGGCCAUGUCCCUGUACAGGGACGCCGUCGUGAAGGCGAAGCAGCAAGCUCCCAAAGCUGCCGGCGGCGGCGGCGGCGGCGGCGGCGGAGUCUCCUCCCUGGACUUGGCGGGUUGUCUAUUGCACCUGGGGACCUUCUUGUCAUCUAGGGGCUUCCUCGAACAGGUCGCGAUGCUGGCGAAGAACCACUGGCAAAGCAACGACUUACGGUCUCGGCUGCUGGACGAGGCGUACGGCAUUCGUGAAAGUCAGUUGGGCCCUACACAUGAAGCCACCCUGGACACAUUGAGGGAGAAGGCCGAGGUGGGCCGGCGGGGGAGCUCGGAGCUGCAAACCUGGAGCAUGGUGCUCGCAAAACAGGUUACCAUGGUAGAAGCGUACGAACGCUGCCUGUUGCUGGAUCUAAGCGUUCCCGGAGUCGCCAAGAUGGCGGCCAAGAUGCUGGCGGAACGGGAUGGAAGCGCUGGCGGCGGCGCCGCCGCCGCCUCCACCGCCGCCGUGGCGUCGACGGCUGCGCCAGCAACCACGGCGGCGGCAGCUUCCCCGCCUCCGCCGGUGUACGACGGUCCCAGCUACAUGCAGUUGGUUCAGGACAUGUCCUCGAAGUGGGGCGCUCUUGACCUGGCCGGUGCCGAGCCGAUUUGUCGUCAGAUUGUGGAGUGCCAGGCGGCUGCGCACGGUGCCAUCAGCAAGGAGGUGGUGGAUGCCCGGGUGCAGCUGGCGAGACUGCUGCAGAGCGCUCAGGGUCGACUGGAGGAUGCGGUUGCCGAGAUGAGGGGCGCCCUGGCAGUGCACGAGAAGCUGCUUCACGGCAAGGACCCCACCAUGAGCCAUACGCUUCAAGCGGUGUACGGCCCGGACCAUUUCGAAGUGGGUGCAGCGCUGAUGCAGAUGGCGGGCCUCAUUAUGAACGACUACGAGCGUUUGGAGGAGGGUCAGGAGAUGAUGCAGCGUGGGCUGGCCAUACACCAAAAGUUCCAACAGCAGCAGGCGGCCCUUGCAAAAGCCUUUUGA